AUGGGGCUCCCAGCCCUCGAGUUCAGCGACUGCUGCCUAGACAGCCCGCACUUCCGAGAGACGCUCAAGUCACACGAAGCGGAGCUGGACAAGACCAACAAAUUUAUCAAGGAGCUCAUCAAGGACGGGAAGUCACUCAUCAGUGCGCUCAAGAAUUUGUCUUCAGCAAAGCGGAAAUUUGCAGAUUCUUUAAAUGAAUUUAAAUUUCAGUGCAUUGGAGAUGCAGAAACGGAUGACGAAAUGUGUAUAGCAGGGUCUUUGCAGGAGUUUGCCACUGUGCUCAGGAAUCUUGAGGAUGAACGGAUACGGAUGAUUGAGAAUGCCAGUGAAGUACUCAUCACUCCCUUGGAGAAAUUUCGAAAGGAGCAAAUAGGAGCUGCUAAGGAGGCAAAAAAGAAGUAUGACAAGGAGACAGAGAAGUAUUGUGGCAUCUUGGAAAAACACUUGAGUUUGUCUUCCAAAAAGAAAGAAUCUCAGCUUCAGGAGGCAGACAACCAAGUAGACCUGGUCCGACAGCAUUUCUAUGAAGUGUCGCUGGAGUACGUCUUCAAGGUGCAGGAAGUCCAGGAGCGAAAGAUGUUUGAGUUCGUGGAACCUCUCCUGGCCUUUUUGCAAGGACUCUUCACUUUCUAUCACCAUGGUUAUGAACUGGCCAAGGAUUUCAGCGACUUCAAGACGCAGCUGACCAUUAGUAUACAGAAUACGAGAAAUCGCUUUGAAGGCACCAGGUCAGAAGUGGAAUCACUGAUGAAGAAGAUGAAGGAGAAUCCCCUUGAGCAUAAGACCAUCAGUCCCUACACCAUGGAAGGGUACCUGUAUGUCCAGGAGAAACGUCACUUUGGAACAUCUUGGGUGAAGCACUACUGUACAUACCAGCGGGAUUCCAAACAAAUCACCAUGGUACCGUUUGACCAAAAGUCAGGAGGGAAGGGGGGAGAAGAUGAGUCUGUCACCCUGAAGUCCUGCACAAGGCGGAAAACAGAUUCUAUUGAAAAGAGGUUUUGCUUUGAUGUCGAAGCUGUAGAUAGGCCAGGGGUUAUCACCAUGCAGGCUUUGUCGGAAGAGGACCGAAGGCUCUGGAUGGAAGCCAUGGAUGGCCGGGAACCUGUCUACAACUCCAACAAAGACAGUCAGAGCGAAGGGAUGGCGCAGUUGGACAGCAUCGGCUUCAGCAUCAUCAGGAAGUGCAUCCAUGCUGUGGAAACCAGAGGGAUCAAUGAGCAAGGGCUGUACCGUGUCGUGGGGGUCAACUCCAGAGUGCAGAAGUUGCUGACUGUCCUGAUGGACCCCAAAACAGCAUCUGAAACAGAAACGGAUAUCUGUGCCGAAUGGGAGAUAAAGACCAUCACUAGUGCCCUGAAGACCUACCUCAGAAUGCUUCCUGGACCACUCAUGAUGUACCAGUUCCAAAGAAGUUUCAUCAAAGCAGCAAAGCUGGAGAACCAGGAGUCUCGGGUCUCCGAAAUCCACAGCCUUGUCCAUCGGCUCCCAGAGAAAAAUCGGCAGAUGUUACAACUGCUUAUGAACCACUUGGCCAAUGUUGCUAAUAACCACAAGCAGAAUUUGAUGACUGUGGCAAACCUUGGAGUGGUGUUUGGACCCACACUGCUGAGACCUCAGGAAGAAACCGUAGCAGCUAUCAUGGACAUCAAAUUCCAGAACAUAGUGAUUGAGAUCCUGAUAGAAAACCAUGAAAAGAUAUUUAACACUGUGCCGGAUGCAUCAUUCACCAAUACCCAGCUGCACCUCUCUCGGAAGAAAAGCAGCGACUCCAAACCCCCGUCCUGCAGUGAGAGGCCCCUGACACUCUUCCAUGCUGUGCAGUCCACAGAGAAACAGGAACAAAGGAACAGCAUCAUCAACUCCAGUCUGGAAUCUGUCGUGUCAUCAAAUGCAAACAGCAUCCUUAAUUCCAGCAGCAGUCUGCAGCCGAACAUAAACUCCAGCGACCCAGACCUGGACGUGGUCAAGCCCACCCGGCCCAGCUCACUCCCCCCGAAUCCAAGCCCAACAUCACCCCUCUCGCCAUCUUGGCCCAUGUUCUCGGCGCCAUCCAGCCCUAUGCCCACCUCAUCCACGUCCAGCGACUCAUCCCCCGUCAGGUCUGUUGCAGGGUUUGUUCCGUUUUCUGUUGCCGCAGUUGUGCUCUCAUUUGCCUGGUCCUCUCUUCAUGCAGUGUUCAGCCUCCUCGUCAGCUUUGCUCCCUGCUAUCCAAACCUGCACUUGCUUUAUGACAGGCCAGAAGAAGAAGUUCGUGAAGACUCCAGCACACCGUUCCGGAAGGCAAGAGCCUUGUACGCCUGCAAAGCUGAGCAUGACUCUGAGCUCUCGUUCACAGCAGGCACGGUCUUCGAGAAUGUCCAUCCUUCGCAGGAGCCUGGCUGGCUGGAGGGGACACUGAACGGAAAGACCGGCCUCAUCCCUGAGAACUACGUGGAGUUCCUCUAA